AUUUCUCUCUCUUCUUUCUCUCUCUGUGUGCUUAGCUAUUUGGUUUAUCCAUGGCGGUUUUCGACUUUAUCUAAACAACUGCUCAAUCUCUCUCUCUCUCUCUCUCUCAACAAAAAUCUUUUUUCUUUCUGAAGAUCGGUCUUCCAAGAUUUGACGAGAUUAUCCGAUCGGCAUUUUUCUCAUGUCGAUUGCUCUGGAAAGCAGUAACCGGAGGCUCGAUUUGGAGCCGUUUGGUUUCGCACGCGCCGGCGUCGUUUCAUGCAGCUCGCUCUUCGAAUCGGCGACGGAAGAAGGCAGAACCGCCGCCGAAGCCGAAGCCGAGGCCGGUGGUGUUUCCUUUACUACAUCUUCUUCUCCUACUUCUUCUUCGUCUUCGUCGAUCGGAAAAAACAGCGAUGUUUCUCAGGGAUCGUGUACGGACGAAGAUGAUUCGGAGGAAAAUGAGGCUCAGAGCUCGUAUAAAGGUCCUUUGCAACUGAUGGAAUCGUUAGAAGAUGCUUUACCUACCAGGAAAGGGAUCUCGAGCUUCUACAAUGGAAAAUCGAAGUCGUUCACGAGUCUCGGAGAUGCAGUCACGGCGUCCUCGAUCACAGACAUUGCCAAACCAGAAAACGCUUACUCGAAAAGACGAAGGAACCUUUUGGUAUUCAACCACAUUUGGGAGAAGAACCGGAGCUCACCGCAGCUGAGAAGCUACGGCAGCGGAAUAUCGAAGAGACCAAUCAGCUCGAGCAAGAGCACGCUGGCCUUCGCGGUGGCGGCCAUGAGCAGUAGCUCGGAGAACAGCGGGAACACGAGCGACGAGUCUUCGACGUCGUCGUUUUCGAGAUCUCCUCCGCCGUCGUCGCUUCCGCCGCUACAUCCACAGAGCAAAGCAUCUUACAAUAACAGUAAUAAUAAUAACAACAACAAUAGUUCAUCGCCGACUCGAAUGAGAAGGAAUGUGUUCUCGGCUUCUUCUAGAUCGUUCUCGUUGGCUGAUUUACGACAAUGAGCUUCGAUGAUUAAACGACACUAACAAAUUUCACUCUCUCUCUCACUGUGUUUUGAAGUUUAACCCUAUCUAUAUCUAUAUAUUAUAGUUUAUAUAUAUAUAUAUAUAUAUAAAAAUGUAUGUGUAUGAAUGUAUGGGUACUGGUUUUUGUUGUAGUUUUGGUUAUGGAGAGACAUUUCUGGACUUUGGUGACUUUAUUAAUUAAUCAACUACUACUACUACUA